GCUCAGCCUGUAGACCUUUGCAUGGAUGAGUUGGGCGAAUACGCAGCCGGAAGCAGCGGCCUAGACCAAAUCAAGGCGGGCGAAUGGCCUUUGGUCCUGCAUUGGUUGCAUCAAAGCCGCAGGACAGCGCUGGAAUCGAGCCAGUGGGCCUUCAGCAGGGCCAUUGGCAGCUGCAAGUUGAGUGCUUGGAGACAGAGUGUCAUGAUGCUUUGCACCCUUCAAGCCGACAUGCUGACUCCAGAUACGGUAACAUAUGGUGCCGGAAUCAACGUUUUUGGGGGUGCCACGCAGUGGCAACACGCCCUUUACAGCUUGCUCGAGAUGGAGAGGCAGCCUCGUGUUGCAGACCUGAUAGCUUACAACCAGGCUAUCAGUGCUUGCAGGAGGGUUUCGCGGUGGCAGCUAUGUCUGCAUAUACUCAGCAGUAUUCGUGAUUGCAUGUUGAAGCCUGAUGUCAUCUCCUACAGCACAGUCAUCAGUGCCUGCGAGAGAGCAUCAGAGUGGCAGCAGUCUUUGCAGCUUUUGAACAGGAUGCGUGACACAUUGGUGAAGGCAGGUUUUUGCAAAAAUGGGUCACAAUGCAAUCUGACAGUCCCUUGCCAGUGAGAGUGUCAUGGAUUGUCCUGCGAUAGUUGUACCCAACAGUACCGGUUGCAAGAGUCGGUGCAGGCGAAUGUCAUCACCUACAACGCCGCCAUAAGUACUUGUGGUAAGGCUUCGCAGUGGGAAUGUGCUCUAAGCAUGCUGCGCGACAUCAUUGCUGAAGGAGUGCAGGUUGAUGCGAUCUCUUUUGGCUCUGCCAUCAGUGCUUGUGAAAAGGCCGGGCAAUGGCAGGCAGCGCUGCUUUUGCUUGGCCAGCUUGACGAAGACGGACUGAGGAGCGACCUGAUUGUGGUGAAUGCCGCCAUAAGCGCCUGCGAGAAGGGUGCACGGUGGCAGCUUGCCCUGUUUUUGUUGAAUCAGGUUGAUUCCAGAGAACUAGAACCAGAUGUGAUCACGUAUAGUGCCACUAUCAGUGCCUGUGAGAAGUCUGACCAGUGGCAGCAAGCGCUUGGCCUGCUGGCGGUCAUCGAUGCGCGCAGUUUACAGGUUAAUGUCAUCACCUACAGCGCCCUUAUCAUUGCCUGCGACAAAGCUGGGGAAUGGCAACAUGCCCUGCUCCUUUUGGGUGAGCUUUUCAGCCGCAGCCUGCAGGCAGAUCUCAUCAUCUACAACUCUGCCAUCAGUGCCUGUGCGCAAGCGGCCCAGACCCGAGCAGCGCUCAUGCUGCUGGAGGAGCUGUUGGCCAUCCAGUUGCAGCCAGCCUUGAUCACCUACAAUUCCGCCAUCAGCGCCUGCGAUGCCGCGGAGUGGCCGAGGGUUUUGAAGCUGUUGGAGGAGCUUCCACAGCGAAAGUUGCAGCCAGACGUCAUCACCUUCAGCGCGGCAAUCAGCGCCUGUGGCGUUGCUCAAUGGCCGUUGGCUUUAAGCUUCCUGCAAGAGCUGCAUUUGCGGCGUAUCCAGGCAGAUCUUAUUGCGUGGAACUCCAGCAUCAGCGCCUGCGCAGUGGAAUGGCAGCAAGCCUUGAAGUUGCUGCAGGACAUGGUGGAGCAACGGCAUGACCUUGACGUCAUUUCGUUCAGCGCUGCCAUCAAUGCCUGCACAGAGACCACUCAUUGGCAACAUGCACUCUAUCUUCUGCAGAGGGCGAGGGGCCAGCUGCACGACGUAAUCUCCUACAAUGCCACGAUUACUGCCUGCGACAAAGCUUCCCAGUGGCGAUCUGCGCUGCAGCUCUUGACGGACAUCCAAACUGCGGGUUUGCAGCCAGAUGCCAUCUCAUUCACCUCUGCAAUCGCUGCUUGCAAGGGCGCCCGCCAGUGGCAGCGAUCUCUCCUUUUGCUUGCAGAGGUUGGGGAGCGGCAGUUACGAGCUGAUGUGAUCAUGCAGGGCCUGGCACUGGCAGCCUGCGAGGCCGCGCAUAAGCCCCGCAGCGGCUGCGAUGUGUUGCGACAGCUGCGAGGAGGAGAGUCCACCUUGGUGAACCUUGACAUUCAGGCGCUGAGCAAAUUACAGCUUGAUUUCCUCAUCCGCAGGCGGAUUGCACCUGGCGAGAGUACGGGGCAAUUGAGGGCCAAGAGGACACGGCCAAGAGGACAGUUUCCAUGAGGACGAGAAAGUGUCCGCAGCUGUCGCCGGCCAAGCAAAUCCAAUUGGUUUUGCUUAUGACUGCCUGCUAAACAGUAGACAUAGA